GUUACGUUCACGUGGAGGUCAAGUUAAAAACAGGUGAGGGGGAAAAGGACUAGCCAGAAAAACGUUGUCAGCGAGAGUCAAGUCACAAAGACAAAAGCAUGGCGAGGAAGAAGCGAGUCCGCCUGAUUGCCGAGAUGGCGCGCAAGAUCCGCGAAUAUCGUGCCCUGAAGGAGCGGCCCAGAGACUGGCAGAAGUACGCGCUGGACUAUGAGACCAUGACGCGGCCCUUUACGGGGAAGAAGCUGCCCGUACUGGCCUGGGAAGACGUGCAACGGGAGAGCCGCCUCUUCCCGCUGCUGGCUGGCCUCCGUCUCUUUGGGGUCGGUCGCCUUUUCACACGCAAGUCAUGGCUUACUGAAUACCAGGAGCCUUGCUACUGGAAGAUCACCAGGGUAAAGGUGGACUACACUGCGGAGAACAUGGACCAUGGUAAAGCAUGGGGAAUCCUGACCUUUAAAGGAAAGGAGGAGAGCGAGGUGAAGGAGGUGGACAAGGUGAUGUACCACGACUGGCGCCUUGUACCUAAACACGAAGAGGAGGAGUUCAAGCGCUUCACACCAGUCCCUGACACCACCCCACGAUACGCGGCCUACCCACCCCUGCUGCGCGCCAUGAUCCUGGCCCAGAGGCGCAAAGAGGGAAAGCCUCUCUCAGAAGAGCCGAUCAUCGACCUGCACAGGCAUGUCCCUCUCAAUAAAGACUAUUUCCAGAGCCAGGAGAAGGAGAAGCAGCGGCAGGAAGGGACCCCAGUGUGAGCACAGGGACGUUGGCUCACUGACCCAUAUAAUGGAGUACAUUGUGCAGAAUUUGAAGUGCAAAUCAAAACUUGGGUGGUCAGGCUGGUAGGACUGGACUGGCUCAGAUGAGAACUGCACAUUGCUUCUUUCCUAGUGUCACAUGUAAAGAAUGUCUCCUAUUUCAUCGGUUCAGCCUGUCUCUGUUGCAUGUCUGAAUUGUUGGCUUGCUCACACAUGAGGGUACUGGUGCACAGUAACAUUUGAAUGAAAAAUGUUUUUUUUUUCAGUGUAAGCUGGAUCAAGUGUUAUCGUCUAACAAACCAUGC